AUGCUGAAGUCGGCGACAACCGAAGCGAGGAGAGAGCGAGUCAGUGACAGGCAUGAGUGGGCUUGGCGCUAUCCUUCGAGUGGCGCGCGCCGCUUUCCCUGCCGGAGCCCGCCAGUUCCGCACCGCCUAUCCUCGGCCUUCCUUCGCCAAGGAACUUUUCCUGGGCAACUUUCGGAAGGAGGAGGUUUUUCCUUAUCCUGAGAUUAGCAAUGAAGAAUUGGAGGAAAUUAACCAGUUCGUAGAGCCUGUAGAAAAAUUCUUCAGUGAAGAAGUGGAUUCUAAGAAAAUCGACCAGGAUGCUAAAAUUCCUCAGGAGACACUUAAUGGACUAAAAAACCUGGGACUCUUUGGCAUACAGAUUCCAGAGGAAUAUGGUGGCCUUGGUCUUUCAAAUACUAUGUAUGCACGUUUGGGAGAAAUUACUUCUCAAGAUGGCGCUAUUGCAGUAACGUUAGCAGCUCACCAAGCUAUAGGACUAAAGGGGAUCCUUAUUGCAGGCACUGAAGAGCAAAAGAAAAAGUAUCUACCUAAAUUGGCGUCUGGGGAACACAUUGCAGCAUUUUGUCUCACAGAGCCAGGAAGUGGAAGUGAUGCUGCAUCUAUUCAGACUAGAGCAGCUUUGAGCGAAGAUGGCAAGAGCUUUUUAUUAAAUGGUUCCAAGAUAUGGAUAUCAAAUGGUGGUAUUGCAGAUAUCUUUACCGUCUUUGCAAGGACAGAGGUGGUUGACAAAGAUGGUUCAACCAAAGACAAAAUUACUGCUUUCAUCGUGGAAAGAGCUUUUGGUGGGAUCACUAAUGGAAAACCAGAGGAUAAACUAGGCAUUCGAGGAUCUAACACUUGUGAAGUUCACUUUGAAAAUACAAAAGUUCCGAUAGAGAAUGUUGUUGGAGAGAUAGGAGGAGGAUUUAAGGUCGCUAUGAAUAUCUUAAAUAGUGGACGAUUCAGCAUGGGCAGUGCAUCUGCUGGAAUGCUCAAGAAACUGAUAGAAAUGACUGCAGAGUAUGCUUGCACAAGAAAACAGUUUAAUAAGAAGCUAAGUGAAUUUGGAUUAAUUCAGGAAAAAAUUGCCCUUAUGGCUCGAAAAGCAUACGUAAUGGAGAGCAUGGCAUACUUGACUGCAGGGAUGAUGGACAAACCAGGGAUUCCAGAUUGCUCAAUUGAAGCAGCCAUGGUUAAGGUGUUUAGUUCUGAAAGUGCAUGGGUUUGUGUCAGUGAAGCUUUACAAAUCCUCGGUGGCCUUGGCUACAUGAAAGAUUAUCCAUAUGAGCGCUAUCUCCGGGAUUGCAGAAUACUUCUGAUUUUUGAGGGAACAAAUGAAGUUCUACGAAUGUAUAUUGCUCUGACAGGAAUGCAGCAUGCAGGCAAACAUUUAACCGAAAAAAUCAAGGAAAUCAAGAAGGGAGAUGUGGGAGUGGCAUUGGGAAUGUUUGUGAAGAGGAUCCGUGACAGCUUGGGCCGAAAAGUAGAUUUAGGACUUCUGGGUAAAGAUGGUAAAAGUGGAGUAGUACAUCCCAGUCUGGAAGAAAGUGCCAAAAAGCUUGAACAAAACGUGUACUAUUUCGGAGUUACAGUAGAAGGCUUGCUGAGAAGAUUUGGCAAGAGUAUUGUGGAUGAGCAGAUGGUUCUAAAAAGAGUGGCAGACAUCCUCAUUAAUCUGUAUGCAAUGACAGCUGUUAUUUCUAGAGCUAGCCGAUCCAUCAGUAUUGGUUUGCGGAAUCAUGAUCACGAGGUGCUACUUGCAAAUAUUUUCUGUACUGAAGCUGGCUUCCAGAAUAAUUAUGCAAUGGUGGAACUAGAGAAAUAUGCUCCUGAAAACAUGGAUGACAGCAUUAAAAAAGUGGCAAAGCAGGUGCUGGAAAAGAGAUCCUAUAUCUGUUCCCAUCCACUUGACAGAACAUUCUGAAGGUGGAAAAGAUGAUAGAAUUAUUGGUUAUUACAUAAUGGCCAAAGACCUCAUCAUAUAUAUUACCAGGCCCUUCUUUUGCUCGUGGUUAUGAAGCAGAGCACUGACAGUUUGGAUAUGAAGAACAUUUUUGCAAGCUGUAGUACAACUUGUAUAAGUAACGUUCAGGUGAUACCCAACUGAAAAUUCCAAACUAAGAACCAGAUCAUAGGAUGGAGAAAAAAGUGUCUUGUUUCUUUGCUUCAUUUUAGAAACAUGAUCCUCAUCAGCUGAAUAAUAUUUCUAAUGCCACAUCUGGUCAUUUCUUGAUUUAUCUGGAUCAAGGCUCUCCAAUCAUGGACUUUGAUUUCCAACAGCUCUGCCAAUUGACCAUGCUGGCAGGGGUGGAUGGGAAUCAUCGUCCAUGAACAUCUGGGGGGGCUUAGGUUGGAGACCCCAGAUCUAGAUGCUUCAAUUUCAGAUAUGGCCUGGGACUUCAUCAUACUAACCCAAAGGGGCAUCAAUUUGUAAUUUGUAAUUUUUCUAAUGCUGAGAAAUAUUUAGAAUUACAAGUUAAUAAACUCAACAACAGUGUAAGGUUCCUAUAAAAACCUGCUGGGGUGGGUUGCUAACCUAAGUAUAGAAAUAAUUCUUGAGGAAUAAAACACAAAGUACUAAUAAAGCAACACUUAAGUUGCCUCUUCCCACUCUAAUCCCCAUAUUUACUUGUUUCUAGAUUACUAGUUCCUAAUUAAUAUUGUCUGUUUCAGGCUCUCCCCAAACUACACACUUGACCUGCAUAUGGAAAUGGAGUCAAUAAUGUCUCUAUAGCAGUAAGUCAUGGUGCCAAAAGUAUUUUCUCAGCGUCAGUAUUCACAAGUUUUACCUGGAGAUUCUGUCUUUUAGAUACCUCAUAUAAACUUUUAAAUCAAGGCACAGGUGACGACUUGUGUGAGUUUUGUACGUACACUAUCAGUCAAUUUACCAUAACUUGACUGAACCUUCCCCAAUUUACCUUUAUCCUCCUUAACAGCUGAUGUUAACAUUUCAUUAGUCAAAAGCCAUCUCUGUGGAUGUUUCCUCUUGUAGUUAAAUGAAUGGUUGUCAAAAUGCAAUCUGGAAAACAGGAAGACUAUUGAAAAUUGCAAGUAACCACUGAAUAAAAUCAUCCGGAGUUUAAGAA